AUGAGACUCAAUGCCCCUGCCCUCCUCUGCGCCUUCGCGAGCCUAGCCACGGCCAACCCUCUCGACUGGCUCGGCAUCGCCUCCUGGGACGUCGAGGGCUUCGCCAAAGACAACCCCAUCGGCAAGACCACCGGCGGUAAGGGCGGCCCGACCGUGACCGUCACGAGCGUCCCCGAGCUCCAGACGGCCGUUGUCGGCAGCGACCCCAAGACCAUUGUCCUCAAGGGCGAGUUCGCCCUGCCCGCGCGCCUCAACAUCGGCUCCAACAAGAGCCUCAUCGGCUUCAAGAACAAGCCUGAACGUAACCUCAAGAUCAGCUUCAUCUUGGACAACGACUGCAUCACCAUCCGCAACUCUACCCGGGUCUGGGUUGACCACAACGAGUUCACCUCGGAUAUCUCCCAGGGUCCUGACUUAUACGACGGUCAGGUCGACAUCAUCCGCGCUUCGGACUGGAUCACGGUCUCGUGGAACUACUUCCACGACCACUGGAAGUCCUCCCUCGUCGGCAACGACGCCACCUUCCGCGACCUUGACUCGGGCCACCUCCACGUCAGCUACCACCACAACCACUGGAAGAACAUGGGCACCCGUGGCCCCGCCGGCCGCUUCGGCACCCAGCACAUCUACAACAACCUCUACGAGGACUUCCUCUACCAGGCCAUCCACUCCCGCUCCGACAACCAGGUCCUCGUCGAGGGCAACGUGUUCCGCGGCAAGACGCGCGAGGCCCUGAGCACGUACGGCCUCGUCAUCCCCGAGGACUCCCCCAACACCUGCGUGUGCGGCGAUGAGGAGCUGGACGGGUUCGCCAACCUGGGCUCUCCCAACGACUGGGGUCGAGCUGGUGUCAACAUUACCCAGAAGGGCACUUUCUACAAGGCCCCGUACAAGUUCAAGCUGACCCCUCUCCCCCUUCUUGCUCCGAUCAUCAAGCUUGGUGCCGGUGUCGGUCGCGUCUAA